UUUAACAUUAUUCGCACUCCGUCUUCUCCCCCCCAUCGCGAGGGAGCGAGCGAGCCAGCGACUCACCGAGAGCGGCCGAGCCAAGAAGGUAACGGCGAGCCAGAGAAGGCAGGCAAAGGGAGUUAUCGAGCGAGAAGCCCCUCGGAUCGGCCCUUCCGGGCACCUCCGCCGUAGAUCUCCGGAUCGACGACUUCGCUCCAUCGACUCUCCGACUGGUUUUCAUUCUUGGAGCUGGGAGCCGAGGGCACUGCGAACCGCGAGAUGAGCAUCGACAGUCCUGGAACGGUGGAAAGAUAGGGUUUUGGCGGCGCGGGUCUGGCUCUGGACCCCAUUUAGGGUUCCGGGUGGAGUUCCAUGGGAGAGGGGGGAGUCGCGUGCGCACCCUCGCAGCAUAUCAUGGAGAGGUUCCCGAUUCCGGAGUCACUCUGUGGGGGCAAAGGCGUGCUUGCUUCGAAUCCCUUUGGGGCGGAGAAGAAGACGAGGAAUGGCGAGAGGGGGGAUGAGGUCAAGAGGGAAGAUGAGUUGGGUGCCGAAAUAGGUCUGGAACUGGAUAGAAGGGCCAAGAAGGGGGAGCUGGAGAAGGGCGAGCUGGAGAGGCAUCGGAAGGGGGAGUUGGAGGAGGGAGAGUUGCACAACGGAGAACUGGAGAAGGGGGAGCUUCGAAAUGGGGAAUUCGAGAAGGGGGAAUCAGCUCCAAAGAAAUGGCGGAAAAGUGAAGUGGAGGUUGGAGAUAGACGGAGGAGAGAUGAAGCGGAGAAGGGAGAAAUCAUUUCAGACAGACGAAAUAGAAGAGAACUAGAAAGGGGUGAGUUUGUGCCAGAUAAAUGGAAGAGAUGGCAAGAUUUGGAGAAGUCGCAGAAUCAGUCAACCAGGGGAAGAAGGGUGGACUCGGAGAAGGGUGACGUCACAGAGAGAUCAUUGAAGAACAGUCAGCAGAGCUCCCUGGAGGAUAGUCACCGGAGAAAUGAUAGACGCCCGUGUGAUUCCGACCAUAGGAAGAGGUCUUCUUCUUCGAGAUUGGAUGGCAAUGUGCAUGAGAGGGAUGCUAAGAAAAGCUUACGAGUUUCUGAAGUUGAACCUGGUGAGAUUAAGCAUGAUAAUAGCAACGGAAGGAGCAGGGACAGGGAGGGCAAGGUGGGAAGGUGGCAUAAAUGGCAAGCUAUAGAGUCUGAGAGCAGCAACCACAAGCACCAUUUUGAUUUGUCUGAUCAGUCAGGCUCAAGAACUCAUCGGAAAUCUGAAGAGAUUGGUCGUUCCACUAACCCGGAGAGGUCACAUAGAAAUGAAUCAUCUUCGACAUCGAAGGUUCCAUCAUCCAGCAGGUACUCAUCUUCUAGGUAUGACGAUCCAUCCUUCUCUUCUCGAGGUAGCCAUGAUAGGCAAGGCCGCAGCCCAGGCCAUUCUGAGCGGUCACCAAAGGAGCGCAGCCACCAUGCUGAUCACAGGGACCGUAGUCCUCGUCGCUUGGAGCGAUCUCCACAUGAAAAGAGUCACCACUCUGAUCACAGGGAUCAUACCCCAAGUCGCUUUAAUAGGUCUCCACGUCAACGAGCUCGUCACCAUGAUCAUCGAGACCGAACUCCAGCUCAUUUGGAGCGGUCACCACAUGACAAACGGCACUCUGCUGAUCACCGAGAAUCAAACAAGAAAAGUCAAGGUAGCGAAAAGCAGCAGUCCAGCAGACAUGAUGAGAGAUUGGGACGAAAGGAGUACAGUGAAAAAGAUUUUCUCAAGAAUAAGCCAAGCAGGAGCAGUUGUGACAGAAGCACUAUUGACAGACUUGAUAAGGAAAAACGGUUCCAAAGUUCAAGUAGGCAUUCCAGCGAGACUCCACCUCCUCCACCACCAGUUCUUCCGCCGCCUCCUCUGUUACCUGCUCCUCCACCUCCUCCUUCUCCCCCUUUAGGGGUUAUUGAAGAACCAUCAAUGGAAGAGGAUAUGGAUAUAUCAGACACCCCGCCACGAGAUCCUAUAACAUCUGAUUUUGAUGCUGGAAAGUGGUUUUAUCUUGAUCAUUGUGGUAUAGAACAAGGACCCUCAAAAUUAGUUGAUCUCAGACGAUUGGUUGAUGAAGGGGUCCUCCUUUCUGAUCAUUUGAUAAAGCAUGCUGACAGUGACAGGUGGGUAACUGUUGAAAAUGCUGCUUCCCCCUUGGUGCCUUUGAACUUGCCCUCUAUUGUUUCAGAUGUUGUGACCCAGACGGCUAGCCCUCCAGAAGCCCCAGGGAAUUUGUUAGUCGAUGCUGGAAUAAUAUGUCAGGAAACAUCCAGUUCUAUGCUGCUGCAAAAGGAGGCAGUUAAGGGGCAGUCUCCAGUCAUAGCAGAAUGUUUGGAAGAUUAUCAUAUAGAUGAGAGGGUUGAAACUUUGUUGGGUGGCUACACCAUUGUAGGUGGAAAGGAGCUUGAGAUUAUCGGAGAAGCACUGAAUACAACAUUUGAACAUGCCGAUUGGGAAAAGUGGGGUCAAUCUGAAGGUUUCUCAAGAUUUAAAGCUCAAACACCAUCCAUAUAUCCAAGAGAGGAGGGAUUUGGUGGAGUUUUUAAAGGUUUCUCAACAGAAAGCAGUGAAAUUAAACCGGUUUUUGCAACUUCUGGGAAGGAUUAUGCUGGUCCUAGUGGUGGUUCAAGUGAUUGGUUUGUUGGCAGGUGGUCUUGCAAAGGUGGCGACUGGAAGAGAAAUGAUGAGGUUGGUCAAGAUAAAUCUUAUAGACGGAAACUUGUCAUCAAUGAAAGCUAUCCUCUUUGUCAAAUGUCAAAAUCUGGGCACGAGGAUCCCCGUUGGCACAGGAAAGAUGAUCUUUACUAUCCUUCCCACAGCAAAAGGCUUGAUCUGCCCCUUUGGGCUUUCUCGUCAAUAGAUGAUAAUACUGAUAGCACCAGUGAUCCAAGCAAAAGUGCUGUUGCUAGCAGAUCAGCACAAACCAAGCCAUUGUCCCUUAGGGGUGUGAAGGGUACGAUUCUACCUGUGGUCCGGAUUAAUGCAUGUGUUGUGAAAGAUCAAGGUUCUAUAGAACCUCAUAUGAAAGUCAAAACCAGUGAGCGGCAUGUUUCAAAAUCUUCAAGGUCUCACUCUAGUAGUGACAGGAAUUCUCUUCAUGAAGGUUCCUCUCGUUCAAGGAAGCUCCAUGAACAUGACUUUCAGAGUUUGCAAAGAUGCCGGACUAUACUCAAUAUUCCAAAGGAUCAUAUAUGCACUAUUGAUGAAUUAUCUGUAGAUCUGGGCGAUUGGUUCUAUUUAGAUGGUGCUGGUUAUGAACAUGGACCAUUAUCAUAUUUGGAGUUGCAAGAGUUAGUAGGUAAAGGUGCUAUCCUAGAGCAGAGCAGUGUUUUCCGGAAGAAUGAUAAUACUUGGCUUCCCAUUACCAUGAAAUUGAAGUCUUCUGAAUCUGUCAACUCUGAAGAAGAAGCAAGGACAUCCACUGCAAGAUUUUCUUCAUCUUCCCUUGUGCAGUUGUCAUGUAACAACAUGAGUACUGCUUCUCAUUCAUUUCACAGCUUGUACCCUCAAUUUAUUGGCUAUACACGUGGAAAGCUACAUGAACUUGUCAUGAGGUCAUAUAAGAACCGGGAGUUUGCUGCUGUUAUAAGUGAGGUUUUGGAUCCAUGGAUUAAUGCGAAGCAACCAAAGAAGGAAAUGGAUAAACAUUUUCCAUUUAACUCAUCCAUCACAAAAAGCUCUGCUGUUUUAUCUCACGAUUUGUCAGUGAGCAAUAUCUGGAACUCGGAGGAUGGGAUAUAUCGUGAAGGAAAAAGAUCAAGAUUUCUUGUUGAUGAAAGUGAUGAGGACUCUGAAAUGGAAGACGCUUUGCUAUCCAAUGAGAAGAAUGAUUGGUCGUUCGAAGACUUAUGUGGUGAGGCUGAUAUUUUUCAGGAUAAUGCUACGUCUCAGACGGAGAAUGGAAGCUGGGGUCUGUUGAAUGGUCACAUUCUAGCAAGGGUCUUUCAUUUUCUAAAAGGUGAUAUGAAGUCACUUCUCUCCUCUGCUACUACUUGUAAACACUGGAAUGCGUCAGUUAACUUCUACAGGAGUAUAUGCAGACAUGUUGAUUUGUCCUCAGUUGGACCAAAAUGUACUGAUACUGUAUUGCAAAGUCUUAUGGGUGGUUAUGGCAAGAAAAAUCUUAUGUCUCUUGUUUUAAAGGGGUGCUUUAAUGUUAGUGCUGGUGUUCUUGAAGGAAUCCUUCAGCUCUUUCCGCACAUAGCUAAUGUCGACAUCAGAGGAUGCAAUCAAUUUAAGGAAUUACAAUUCAGAUAUCCAAAUAUAAACUGGAUAAAGAGAUCAAGUUCAUUUGGAGCUAAAAAUCAGGAGGAAUCUUAUUCAAAAACAAGGAGCCUUAAGCAGAUAACAGAAAAUAAUUACUUAAUAUCAAGAACUUAUAGGUCCUUAAGUGGUUGUCUAGAUGAUUCUGGCGAUCUAGAAAAUUUUGGUAUUAGUGAGUCGAAUUCUAUUGAUAGGAAGGAUUUUUCGAGUCUCCAAUUCAAGCAGGGCUUCUACAAACGACCAAAGUUACUUGAUGCUAGAAAGUCCUCAGAACUUCUGUCAAGGGAUGCACAGAUGCGGCAUUGGUUGCACAGGAAGUCUGAAAACAGUUAUAAGAAGAUGGAAGAGUUUAUUGCCAAUAGUUUGAAGGACAUUGUGAAGGGAAAGAAGUCUGAUUUUUUUAUGCCUAAAAUUGCAAAAAUCGAAGAUAGGAUGAGAUGUGGUUAUUAUGUUCGGCGUGGCUUGAGUUCUGUCAAGGAUGAUAUUAGUCGAAUGUGCAGGGAUGCGUUUAAAUCAAAAAGCCAGGGUGACGCUGUAGAUAGGAGGAAGAUUAUCAUGUCUUUCAUUCAACUGGUGAAGAGAUUGGAGAACCCAAGGUUGAUUAUUCAAGGAGACGAAUUGAUUAAGGCAGUAAAAGACGGUUCUGAAGCAGGAUCAUAUUUUUCUGAAUCUAAAUAUAAAAAGAAACAAAGCAAAGUUUUGAGUGAAAAGAAGAGCAUAAAUAGGGGUAUCAACACAUCUUAUGCCAAUGGAGGAACAGAUUAUAGAGCCUAUGCAUUUGAUCGUGAAAUUAAAAGGAGUCUCUCUAAAUUAAAAAAGAGAGAGAUGGAUUCUGAUAGUGAAACAUCUGAAGAUGAUGGAAAUGAUUUCUCUGAGGAUGACAGAGGUGAAGAUGAGAGUACUGCUUCUGAUACAGAAAGCGACUUGGAAAUUCAUUCAGGAAGUGGAAUGUGGGACUUAAAAGGGGAAAUGGAUGAGUCCUCAGAGUCAGUGGUGACAGAUGACCGUGAAUGGGGUGCUCGCAUGACAAAAGCAAGCCUGGUUCCUCCCGUUACCAGAAAGUAUGAGGUCAUUGACAAGUAUCUUAUUGUAGCAGAUGAGGAGGAAGUACAAAGGAAGAUGCAAGUUGCUUUACCUGAUGAUUAUUCUGAAAAAUUGUUAGCACAAAAGAGUGGUAUCGAGGAGUCAGACAUGGAAAUUCCUGAGGUCAAGGACUACAAACCUAGGAAGAAGCUUGGUGUUGAAGUUUUAGAGCAAGAAGUGUAUGGAAUAGACCCUUAUACACAUAAUCUCCUCCUGGAUUCUAUGCCAGAGGAACCAGACUGGCCCCUUGCAGAUAGACAUAAAUUCAUAGAAGAGUCGUUUCUUCGUACAUUGAAUAAGCAAGUCAGACAUUUUACUGGUACCGGUAAUACCCCAAUGGUUUAUCCUUUGCAACCCGUUAUUGAAGAAGUGCUGAAGAAUGCAGAGGAAGUGGCUGACAGACAAGCUAUCAAAAUGUGCCAGGGCAUCCUAAAGGCUAUGCGGAGUCGCCCUGACGAUAAUUAUGUUGCUUACAGAAAGGGGCUUGGAGUUGUCUGCAACAAGCAAGAAGGUUUCGAACAAGAUGAUUUUGUUGUUGAGUUUUUGGGAGAGGUCUAUCCAGCUUGGAAAUGGUUUGAGAAGCAGGAUGGUAUUAGGGCCUUACAGAAAAAUAGUCAAGAUCCAGCACCUGAAUUUUAUAACAUUUAUUUGGAGAGGCCAAAGGGUGAUAGUGAUGGGUAUGAUUUGGUUGUUGUUGAUGCUAUGCACAAAGCAAAUUAUGCAAGCAGAAUCUGUCACUCCUGUAGGCCUAAUUGUGAAGCAAAAGUCACCGCUGUGGAUGGUCAAUACCAGAUAGGAAUAUAUUCUCUACUACCAAUUGGUUAUGGUGAAGAAAUCACUUUUGAUUACAACUCUGUGACAGAGAGUAAGGAAGAAUAUGAAGCAUCAGUUUGCUUAUGUGGUAGUCAAGUUUGCAGAGGCAGCUAUCUGAAUCUUUCUGGAGAAGGAGCAUUUGAGAAGGUGUUGAAGGAUUGCCAUGGAGUACUGGACCGUCAUAAACUAAUACUAGAGGCUUGUGAAGCCAAUUUUGUUUCACAAGAUGAUUAUAUUGACCUAGGAAGGGCUGGUCUGGGCACUUGUCUGUUAGCUGGGUUGCCUGAUUGGCUCGUUGCUUACUCCGCUCAUCUGGUGAGGUUUAUUAAUUUUGAGAGAACAAAACUGCCUGAUGAAAUUCUAAGGCAUAAUUUGGAGGAGAAGAGGAAAUUCUUUUCAGACAUAUGUCUUGAGGUCGAGAAGAAUGAUGCGGAGGUUCAGGCUGAGGGUGUCUAUAAUGCAAGACUUCAGAAUAUUGCACUUACUCUUGAUAAGGUAAGGUAUGUCAUGAGGUGCAUGUUUGGGGACCCUAAGAAAGCUCCACCUCCAGUUGAGAAGCUUACCGCAGAAGGUGUGGCUUCAGUCCUGUGGAAAGGGGAGGGUUCCCUUGUUGAGGACCUGCUACAUUCCAUGGCACCACAUGUGGAAGCAGAUCUACUUAGUGACCUCAAGUCCAAGAUUCAGGCCCACGAUCCAUCUGGUUCUAGUAACAUUCAGACUGAACUCCGCAAGUCAUUAUUAUGGUUGAGGGAUGAGUUGCGAAAUCUUCCAUGUACCUACAAGUGCCGGCAUGAUGCUGCUGCUGACUUAAUUCACAUAUAUGCCUACACAAAAGUCUUUUUUGAGAUCCGGGAGUACAAGUCUUUUAAAUCUCCCCCAGUUUACAUCAGCCCUCUUGAUUUGGGUCCCAAGUAUGCUGAUAAGAUGGGGUCAGGCUUCCAGGAGUACUGCAAAACCUAUGGUGAGAAUUAUUGCUUAGGCCAGUUGAUCUAUUGGUACAGCCAGAUGAAUGCAGACCCAGAUUGUAGAUUAGCUAGAGCUUGCAAGGGUUGCUUGUCACCGCCUGACAUCUCAUCCUUCUAUGCGAAGUCUCAGAAGCCGUUGCGAGAACAUGUCUAUGGUCCAAGAACCAUGAGAUUUAUGUUGUCACGAAUGGAAAAAGAGCCCCAAAGGCCGUGGCCCAAAGAUCGUAUAUGGCUAUUCAAGAGCAACCCAAAAUUUUUUGGCAGUCCAAUGCUGGACGCUGUUCUUAAUAAGUGUCCAUUGGACAAGGAGAUGAUGCAUUGGCUCAAGACUCGGCCAUCAGUGUUCCAAGGCUCGUGGGAAGGCUGAAACAGGCCACUCCAAGUCCUCUGUUUCUGGAGUAAUUAUUGACCACAUUCUUUGGUUCUCACAUAGUGCGCCCCCUUUUAGCCACGGGAGUUUGGUUUUUGUUAAAAGCAGCAUAUAUCCCCGCUUGUACAGUUUCCCCAGGGUUUGUAAUUUGUAUUGAUUAUUUAGUGAAUAGAGCAUUGGUCUAACUAAUGUAGUAUUUCUCUUAAAAGUUUGGUUUUUCUCCCUAGUUUACUGAGGUGUUGUGCUAACAUACUUGUACAAAUCUCAUUGAUACGAGGGGCUGGAAUUACUGGAUG